UGUCGUCGUGACGUCAUGACGUCGAGUUCAGAGGACGGCGCAGCACAGCGGGCUAUGGCGCUUCCUGACUGGACGGUAACGUCGCUGUUCGCCGCAUCCUUCUUCUGCUUCUUCUGCUGUCUUGUCCGGUACAGGCGCGCCGCAUCAUCGCUGUGCAGGAAGCUGGUGAGCAGGAUAAUGGCUCGCACUGAGAAGCCGCUGUUCCGGAUCGCAUAUACGCUCUACACAAGGACCAGGCUGGGUUAUAUGUACUACAAGAGGCAAAUGAGGAAAGCCAGGGAAAAUUACCCAUCUGGGCAUUCCACAACUCACCCCAUGGAGUUCAAUGGUAUAAAGAUAAUUCCCAUCUCAGUGCUGUCUGACAACUACAGCUACCUUAUAAUCGACAUGGCCUCCAGUGUGGCCGUUGCUGUAGACCCGGCAGACCCUCAAACGGUUCAGGCGGUGCUUGAGGAAGAGGGAGUAAUGUUGGAAGCUAUACUGUGUACACACAAGCACUGGGACCACAGCGGGGGCAACAAGGCUCUGAAAAGACUCCACAGCUCCUGUCAUGUGUAUGGAAGCGCAGCUGAUAACAUUCCUGGCCUCACGCACCCCCUGUCACACAGAGACUCAGUAAGAGUGGGUCGGAUGCACUUUAGGGCCCUGUUCACUCCUGGACACACCGUGGGUCACAUGAUCUACCUCCUGGAUGGCCAGGCUGUCGACGCCCCUCCCAGCCUCUUCUCUGGUGAUCUGGUGUUCCUCUCAGGAUGCGGCAGAAUGUUUGAGGGCAGCGCCACGACGAUGCUCUCAUCGCUGGACACUGUUGUUUCCUUAAGUGAUGAUACCUUACUAUGGCCAGGUCAUGAGUAUGCAGAGGACAACCUGCUGUUUGCUGCUGAGGUCGAGCCACGCAACGCUGCCAGGGAGAGCAAAUAUCAGUGGGUGCUGCAGCAACGAGGCCAGAAGCUUUGUUCAAGCCCCUCCACCGUCGGGGAGGAGAAGCAGUACAACCCUUUCCUACGCAGCCACUCUGCGGAGCUCCACCAGGCCCUGGGCGUCCACCAGUUCCAGGACGAAGACUGGACCCAGUUUAGGGCGAGGGUGCUGGAGGAGCUAAGAAAGUGCAAAGACCUCUACAACAGGAGGUAGUAGAGCAGGACUGCACUAAAAAGCGGAGGAAAGAGCUGGUCUGCACCAGACGGUCGGUGGGCAUCAGCGAUUUUCUUUAAGAUGUCCUGAUAAGACUGAUUUUGAAAAUUUCAUGAACGGGCAUUAGGACAAUUUGAGCUGAAUCUGUGACCAAAGGCUGUUAAGUACACCUUCUUUAUUUAAUUAUACCGUAGCACAUAAUAGUCCUAUUUUCUCUCCAGGGGCUGUAGUUCAAUGAUAAAUUUGCUCAUGUUCAGAGCAUUGCACAUUUAUCGCAUAAUGUCAUACACAUAAUGUAGACCUGCAUGACUGAUGUUUGGAUAUUUUACAAGUAGGUACAAUCCGGUUCCUGUUAUGGGCACCGUAAUGACUUUAACCUGUAAGGUACUGAAUUGUUUGCUCUCUAGUUGCAGCUCCUCAGACGUUUUGCUGCUGAUAUAUAAUUCACAGGUUUCAUUAACAGGUCUUGUUUAACAUGUACUGUCUUGCUUAAGAACAGUUCAUUUCCCUAACUUAAAAUGUUUUUGGAUUGAAGUGGGUGGUUUUGAAUGUUUCGUAACUUAAGCUUCAAAGGUGAUGGGGCAUUUCACUCGGCAAAUUCCACGAAAGGCCGAUUUCUGUUUGUGCUUCACCCUUUAUGGUGAUCGUUGGGAUUUUUUCCCAGUUUGAUUUGAGCCAAAGAAAAAAAAUAACACUAUUUUCUUGUCAAUGCUUUUUUUUGUGUGUGUGUUCAUUAGUGAAGGUUUUCAUCCUGUUUAUUUUUCUGUUUUUGUUUUUUUUUAAGUGGGAAUGUGUGGAUUACUUUGAAGUCGUCAGUGUCUUAUCUGCAGUAGGCAGCAAUCUCCCAACGGACAAAUGGCCUACGCUUUAAGCUACUAAAACUGGGACUUUGUUAAGGGUAUUUAUUAUAAUCAGACCUCUGUAUGAAGUAAAGCACCUGUAUUCAGUAUUCAUGUGUUUAAGGGAUGUGAUGUGAAAAUCCGUAAUACAUAGCACCUUCCACAAAUGUGGAGUUCAGCAUAAAAUAAAUGGCUCAUCCUAAACUCUGGAUAAUUAGGCAGACAUCCUCCCUGGCCUCUUUUAAAAACACAUCUUUUCCCUCUGGCCUUUAAUACUUAGUAGGCCAUUGGUUUAAUGUUGAUCUUUUGUUUUUGUAUGCCUGUUUUAUGCUCAGGUAUUCUUUUAUUUUAUUAAUUUGGCAUUUUAUUGGUUCUAUUGGUCUUUGCUUUUUUACUAAAGAUGGAUUGAAUAACACAAGAGGGAAUUGUCUCCAGAUUUCGUAUCCAUCAUUACCAGGGGUCCUAAUAAAUGUGGAGCAUGCAUUAGUGUUUGCUCAGUUCUUUAGUAAUUUUCUUUUACCAGUUGUCUAAAUACUUUGUGUGUCUUGGCUUGUAUACUAAUGACAUUUCCCCACCUUGAUCAUCUGAUCUCUCAUAACUCAGAUUGCUGUCAACUACAGGUAAAACACUGUUUUUUUUUUUUUAAAGUAUUUGCCCCUUUCCCACUUCUUAAAAAGUUUAAUAUCUCAAGGGGGACAUAUCAUGUAAAAUCCACGUUUUUAGCCCUUGAAUACAUUUUGUUGUGUACUUGGAGUCUCUAGGAGUGCAGAUAAUUUGAAUAUAAUCUGUCCAGGAGGUUCGUAGAUAUCAUUAUAUUAAUUUUGGUUCAUAUUUUUCAAGCCGUUCGGGGUGGAGUGGAAUGCUCUGCGACGUGGAGGGCAGCGGGGUAUGAAUGCCUCCUUUAAAUUUAAAGAGACUUCACUAAAAAGAGAUGCACCUUAAAACAGGUAAUAAAGGGGAGUAGAUUAACAAGGAAUUCACAGCAAAGCAUUGCAGUUCCCCUUGAUAUAGACCACAGGCUGAAUGGUCUAAAUGUGAAAAGGAAGACCGGAAAAGCAUGAUAUGUCCCCUUUAAAUCUUAAAAUGCUUCACUUCAUGGCUGUGAUCUAAAAUCCUAUGAAGGUAUUGGGAUGUCAAUUCUGUAACUUUAUUGAACUAUUAUUGAAGGGAAAUCUGCCUGUGAUAACUGAGUCUGCAUUUAAUAUGAAGAUCGCUGCAUUCACACUUGGUGGCUAAGUAACUUUUAGACAUGGAUGUUUUGCAGCAAAAGGUUUCAGGCAAUUUUAACAACACAGUUUUGUGAUCCGUUUUUCACUUUGAAAGAUGAAACAACAUUGAGGGAACGAGUGUUUUUUUUUAUUUAUCACGUUUAAAAACGUGGAAGCCGAAUUCAUCUUAAUAAAUAGGAGUGAAAUGGUAAAUGUAUGGGUACUGAACUAUCACGGUACAGAUGUUAUUUGCAGCUAUAUGCAGUCAGAUAAAAUGAUAUAUUGGUAUUAGUUUACUAGUGUACUCUAAUAAUAAUAUUUAAUAACAUACAAGGUAAAGGCCAGGCUCCUAACAUUUUAAAUGAGCAGAACCCAGAAUUAGAGUUUUCCAGGUGAUAUGUCUACAGUGGAUUGAGAGCAUCGUUAUAUGGCUAGCUCAAAGUCCCAAUGAAACGCUGAUAACAAGCUGUUUGUGUAUUCAAGUCGUUGAUCUUAGGCAUCUUUCUCAUUACGUACGCCACCAGGCAGGAACCAACGGACUCCAAAGGAAACAUCUAUAGGUUCUGGAACAGCGCCAUCUUUUGUUCAGUUUUGUGACACUUGAAUAACAAUUUACAUUGUAUUAUCUGGUUAUGUUGUACUUUUGCAUUACAAGUUAUUGUGUUCUGUACUGCCUUGUAUUUUGCAUGAAGAUGAGACCAAAUCAGUCAAAACAAAACAAGCAUUUUUGAAUAGCAUUUUUUUUUUUCAUUAUUAUAUAUUUUUUAUUUUUAUUCUAGAUUGGAUUUGCCUGCUACCUUGGAGCCCCUUACUGCCAGGGCUGAUUUAUUUUUCCUGUCUUUGUUUCUGUGAAGGUUAUUUUAUGUUCAGAGUGAGUCAAAACAAAUCCGAGGAAUUUGCAUAAUUCUUUUGUACCUUAUCUGAAUCAAACUGAGCCAAAAACGGAGGCAUGUACCUAACUUUGGCUCACGUGUCCCAUUCCACCCUGAAUAUAAAAUAACCUAAGGCAUUUAUUAUGCUGUGACAAGAACUGACAUCUGCUAGUAAAGAAUAUUUUUGGAUCAAACUCACUGUUAGCACAAUAUUUUUGAUUUACUAUGGUCAAACUUUAUCAAAUCUGUGAAAAAUAUUCAAUAAAUGUUUUUAUUGUUU